GUUUAGCUUGUUUCCAUUGCUUGUUAGCAAGGAGGUUUUGUCGUCGUCGCCUAUCAAUAAUUAGCUUUCUAUUAAAAAGCUUCAAAGGAUGUUCCUUAUAAAAUGAGAUUAAACCUUUAAUGUGAGGCUGGCGUGUUCAGAAUUCGGAGUGGAGUUAUGCUGCUGCCAGUGUAAUUAGCUAAAUACAUGCAUUCAGUGGUGUUCAUUUGACCGAGGCUAUAGACAACCUAGCUGCUAACUUUAGCUGCUAUAGGCUUUAAUUGUUGAGAUAACUUUGUUUCAUUGCACAGUUUCCGACCCGUCUGCUCAUACUAUCCUUUAAACAGACCCAUAGCAGCACAGGCAGUGGAGGAUGCUGGCCACAGGAGCUGCUGUAACUAAUGUCACAGCCCUGGCGCAGGUAGACAGGGAGAAGAUCUACCAAUGGAUCAAUGAGUUAUCCAGCCCAGAGACCAGAGAAAAUGCUUUGUUGGAGCUGAGCAAGAAGCGUGAAUCUGUGCCAGAUCUGGCACCCAUGCUGUGGCACUCCUGUGGCACUAUUGCUGCUCUCUUGCAGGAAAUUGUGAACAUCUAUCCAUCCAUAAACCCACCUACACUCACAGCCCACCAGUCAAACAGAGUCUGCAAUGCCUUGGCACUUCUGCAGUGCGUCGCUUCACACCCAGAGACACGGUCUGCUUUCCUCACUGCUCAUAUCCCUCUUUUCCUCUAUCCUUUUCUGCACACUGUGAGCAAAACGCGACCCUUUGAAUAUCUGCGACUUACAAGCCUUGGGGUCAUAGGAGCCUUGGUCAAAACAGAUGAGCAAGAGGUGAUCAACUUUCUGCUGACCACUGAAAUCAUCCCUCUUUGUCUUCGCAUCAUGGAAUCAGGAAGUGAACUUUCUAAAACGGUUGCUACGUUCAUAUUACAGAAAAUCCUGUUGGACGACACCGGACUGGCCUAUAUAUGUCAGACAUAUGAACGUUUCUCUCACGUGGCCAUGAUCCUUGGUAAAAUGGUGCUCCAGCUCUCUAAAGAGCCGUCUGCUCGUCUACUCAAACAUGUUGUUCGCUGCUACCUCCGUCUCUCAGAUAACCUCAGAGCCAGAGAAGCGCUGCGCCAGUGUCUACCGGACCAGCUCAAAGACAGCACCUUCGCCCAGGUUCUGAAGGACGACGCCACCACCAAACGCUGGCUGGCACAGCUGGUGAAGAACCUGCAGGAGGGUCAGGUGACCGACGCAAGAGGCAUUCCACUGGCACCACAGUAGCACAGACAACACCCCCCCACCACAGUUAGGCUGUUCCAGGGGUCCUCGGGGGGUCACCGAGCAGGACGUUGGCUCUGGGAGACAUGGGUGAUCAACUGCAGCCAAGGUUUCUAGUCAGAACUUUGAAUAUGAGGCAAAUGUGAAAUCUGAAAGGACGGGGAAGUCACUAUUUGGAACGAAGGAAGUCAAAUGAUAACUUCAUCCUCAGAUCAGAACUGUGUAACUCAAGACCCAAAUGGACCCCAGUCUGUGGACCAGUUGAAUCCAGGUGUUUGUGUUCUAACAGGGCUCUGGGAUCCAAAACUAUAAGGACUAAUGUCAGAAUACAGUUGGAUAUUAUGGGAUAGAUAUCAGU